AUGCCUGCCCGACACGAUUUUAAGGCUUUGAACCGAGCUGCGGUGGAUGCAGAGGGAGCCUUUAUCGAUGGCCGUCUCAAGAAUAUCGCCUUCAAGCACAAGCAAUUGCGAGCUCUGUUUCGCAUUUUGCAGGACAAUGGCGAGACCAUCCUGGCUGCCACUCGAAACCCCGGACGAUGUGCGCUCGAGCUCGAACACUGUCUACAAGUCAUUUCUGAGACGAUCGAGGAGCUGCCCUCUGAUCUCGUCAAGGCCGCCAAGGCGUUACGGGCUCUUGUCGAUCCGAAGGCAAAACAAGGACGAAAGGAUUGCGGCGCGGGGACGGUCUUGAUCGUGGCCAAUGAGACUCAUCCGAUCGCCAGCUGGGUUGUACCCCUCGUCACUGCGUUUUACGACGGCAACGCCGCGAUCGUCUCUUUCCCGUCACAAUCUGCCGUCCAUUCCACCUUGGUCCGACCUCUCCGCUCAAGCAUGGAUCAAUCCAGCUUUCACUUCGUGAUGGAAGACCCGUCCGCGCUCAACACUUGGCUCAAGUCCGGUCCGACCGGUCUCGCUGGACUUGUCUGCUUCGGGGAUCUUCCUGGCACCGACAAAGAUGACCUCGUCCUUCCCAUUCGCAAGUUCACCGUCCAUAUUCCAGCUAGGGGGCAUAACCCGGUGAUUAUCGACCAGUCCGUUGUUCCUUCAGCAUUGCUGCAAGGGAUGGCGAUGACUCGAAGCGAUGGGACGACAUCGAAAUCUUGCCCCGACGAAGUGCGCAACGCGAUCCAGGAUAUAGCCAGUUCGAUCGCACAAGCGUAUCACAUCGCACGUGGAGCCGACGACAUGAAAGACAAGUCUGGUAGUGCCAGCUCUGGAGUUCCCGGUUACUUGCUCGUCCACGAGAACGUCUCGGCCUUGAUGAUCCCCGCGCUGAAGAGCACCCUCCCACCAAACUUUCAGCCACACGUCCAGGCCCUCGACGCGGCGGAAGACAUCCUAGCCUCGUCGCAACUCGACUACCUACCGGUCUUCUCCGUCAGGUCAUUGGAUCACGCGAUGGAUACGGUGACCAAUCGUCUACCUUCGAGUCCGUUGGCGUACGUGUUUGCGGAAAAGAGGUUUGGAGAGUAUGCGGCGGGCAAUCUCGAGAGAAAGUCGGUGGCUAUCAACGAUAUCCCUCGAAGACUAGCUAUCGCCGGUGCCUAUGCUUCUCGAAAAGACUUUACCGUCAACCGAGAGCGCGUCUUUUGGGAGUCCGACAAGCCUUCUCGGGAUUAUGGCAAUCCUGAUAAGAGUUACAAAGGCUUGAAGGUAGCCAAGCUGCACCAAGCUGGAGGAUUUAGGAUCGAUUUCUUCGGUGGAAGCUUCUUAUUCGCUGCUAGUAUUUUCCUGACUUGCUUCUUGGGGACGAGUGGAUGGCUGAUCUAUCGAGGUGGGCUGUUGGCUCUUGCGAGAUGGCGAGGUGGUAGGCUGUAGCCUGUAUAACUUGUAUAGCAGCUUUGUAGAAGUGGACCCAAGUAUCGAUCAUCACGU